AUGAGAGGCAAAUCCUCCGCGACCAAAGCCCCGAUGAUGUCAGUGAAACGAAAGUGGCUUGAGCACCAGCUACUGCGCGCAGAAGAGAAACUGAAGCAGCAAUGGGAAGCGUUGUCAGCAGAUGAGGUAGCCUCUCAACUAGUGGCUUGGAGAGUUCGUCCCAUGUCAGGCACUGAUGAAUUCAAGCGACGCCUGGGCUCCACAUUGGAUGAGCUCAUCAGUCAGCGCAUGGCUGAUCUGCCCUUUGCAGGUGACGUUGAGUCAAGAUCGUUGCUCACCGAGCUCGGAUUUGCCAAAGCUUAUCUGCCCCAUCCGGCCGUUCUCUUUCUGGAGUGGGAGGUGCCGGCAGACAACAGCUCGGAGCAGAUGGAAGAAGACGCCUGGCACAAUUGCCGCAGUUCAGCGCCUUCGAAAGUUCCGAAGCCUCUCGCCGAGUCGGCUGGCGGCUUGGUGGUCCGUGGUGGCCUCCCGGGCGCGUCGUCAGCAGGCGAGCUCUGCUUGUCAGCAUCAGAGUCUGUGAUUGCUCUACUCUGCUAUGAAGCGGACUUCGAGCGCUCCGCUUUCGAUGCCUUUCGCGAAGACCAAGCCAAGCAGGGGAUCGAGAGGAUCCAGCCCCUCACCCUGCCAGGCCUGCAGAUUGUGGACCCGCUUUGGGACCUGCUGCAGGAGGAAGAGUUCCUGCGCCUGGAUGAGGCCAGCACCUUCUUUCCUGAGCAGCAGGAGCGCUGGCUCCUGGCAUGUCAAAGCGGCCAGUGUGAAGGCAGAGGCAUGUGGCCGGGCCCAGAAAAGACGACAUUGACAGCUGAUGAGCCGGUGAAGGGGCACUUCCUGAUCACAUUGAGUGGUCGAAACGCAUGUUCAUGGGCGGCUGAUGACGGGAAUCGGGUAUGGUCUCAAAAGCGCUACAGCAACCCGCGCGACAAGGAUUCUCCAGCGCAGCUUCAGCUGCGCCAAGCCCUCCGGGAGUACAACACACGGUAUGCGUUCGAUCCGGAGAAUGGGCAGAAGGGUGGAGUCGGGAGCAUCGAGGAGGAGAUCGAAAGAUACCGGAAGUAUGCGGACAUGUUGCGUACACAAAUCGUGGAUUCGGUGACGUUCAUGCACCAAGACAUCGCACAGGGAUGCAAGGUAUUGGUGGAGGGAGCCAAUGCAGCUUUGCUCGACAUCGACUUUGGCACUUACCCUUUCGUCACAUCGUCGAACACCACGGUUGGAAGCGUGUGCACCGGACUGGGAGUGCCACCGAAGGUGGUGGACACCGUCAUUGGGGUGGUCAAGGCCUACACGACACGAGUUGGACAUGGGCCAUUCCCGACGGAGUUGCAGAAUGAGGUCCAGUCGCUAGAGGACUACACUGAGACCUAUGUUGGUCCAGAGGCCAGGUACGAGCGGAAGGGUCACACAGGUGGUCCCUUCGAGUUGAAGUCUGGCCAGCCCGUGAAGGUUGGCAUGAUGCUGCAGGAGGUGGGUGCUGAAUACGGCACCACCACCGGCCGCAGGCGGAGAUGUGGCUGGCUGGACCUGGCUUUGGUCAAGUACUCCGCAAUGGUGAAUGGGUUUGACAGCCUGAACAUCACCAAGCUGGAUGUCCUGACUGGCCUGAAGCAAAUUCGGGUUGCCAUUGCAUACAGGAACAGACGAAUGACGGAAGUGCGUCUGCCAUCUGGCUACUUUCCUUCACACCUGGAUGACCUGAAGGAAGUCGUGUGCGAGUAUGAGACCCUCCAGGGCUGGUCGGAAGAUAUCUCCAAGUGCACUAAGUGGGAAGACUUGCCCGAGAACGCCAAGAAGUAUGUGCUAAGGAUCCAAGAGCUCUUGGGCAUUCCUGUUUCCUGGGUUGGCGUUGGCCCAGAUCGAUCAAGCAUGUUGAAGCUUCCAAUGGCGAAGUGCCCCUCGACUUUACCUAUGCCUCCCAUGCUUCCAACUUUCAGCCUCUCUGUGGCUUGA